AUGAGCCCCAUGAGUCAGACCCAUGCCACCCCGGGGUAUGUGAAGCUGACAAAGAGGGAGAUUGGCAAGGCGGCAGCAGCUCUGAUGCGGGGGGAGCAGUCCGGCAUGAAGGGGUUGGAAGCGGCAUAUGGGCUUCCGGAAGGGGAAGACCUCCCUGCGGUAUGGCACCGUUUCUUCGAAGAUAUGCAGUCACUGCUACUCAACAAAGCACCACCAGAGGCCCCCACCUCCUCACCCUUCAAGACCUUGCCCGAGCUCUUGUGCAAGGCACUCAAGGAGGAGCUAGCUUCCUUCAAAAACUGCCUGCGCACUUUCAGCAAAGUAGCAAAGGGCCUAUGCGAACUCCGGCAGCAGUUCAGACAGGGAGAAGUCACCCACGCUCUACGGAUUUCAACCCCCAAACUACAGCUAACCGACCCCAUCCUACAGGAUAAGCUGAACCAGGACCUGGAUAAGGAGCUGAAAACCUUCAAAACGAAGGCCCAGCUGACCCGGAUGGCGUACAAAGAGAAGGAGAAGGCUGUGUGUGAGACAGCCGCAGAGGUCUGGUCGGCACGGACUUUCUCCGGUUUCGAAAGCUUCCUAGAAAAAGACCUCCACCUCUUCGAGACCCACGCAGCACCCAACACCCCUGCUCCUGACGCUUACCUCAAGGAGCUGGCCGCUGACUUCAUGGCACGCGGCAUGGCACGCGAGCUGAUGUACCAUGCAGUGUGGAUAAAGCGCAGCCGCAACUCGAAGGCAAGGGUGACGGCUAAACGGGAGAAGGUACGGGAUGAGCAAGCACGGGGGGUGGAGAUUCAAGCUAACCCCUCUACCGAUCUAAUCGCCCUGGUGAAAACGCUGUACGGAAGGCCAGCAAUGCUCGCAGGCAGGAGCGCACCACAGAGAGCACCGGCACAAGCACAACAGAGGGAACACAUGGAAGAGAGGGGCCGUUUGAGUGGGACAGAGCGGGAACCGCCUCAGAGCACACGGUUAGAUCAAGGGCAGCCAGCGCAGACCGGGCAGCUGCCCGAUACUGGACCCGCACUUGACCGCACAGCUCUACAGGCACAGGAGGCGGCUGACCGCACUCAAACUGCGCUAGCACAGAAUGCACAGCAGCCCAACACCCCUGCCCAACCCGCGCUGCAGGCACCCAUGCAACCAGCAACAUCUGCAUACCCUUUCAUGGCAGCCCCCUCAUUCCCCAGCAUGUACCAGCAAUACCCCUUCGCACCCAUGCAACCCACCAUAGCCACUGGCAGCCAUUUCCUGCCACACACACACCCCUUCCUCUUCUCCCAGCAGGCUAUCCCCCUACAACACACCUCGGCACCCGCUCAACCUGCUCUCUCAAACAUGUCGGUCAUGCCAGCAGCACCUGCACCUCCGGCAUACACUUACGCAUCCACGACUCCCCCUCCCCAGCAGGUCGCUCAAGGACCGCAAGCUCAAAUGGCUUUCGGGCCCCCCGAGGGUACGGGGGCACCGCUCAACAUCAACUAUGCCCCUGCUGCCUUUGGCAUGCCCAUGCGUUUUUUAUGCUGA